AUGCCAACUGAUGAAGGCCCCUGGGAUGGAUUCAAUAUCCGCGCUCUGCGGAAAACCCUGCAAAGCCACCUUUCGCUUUCAGAUCUCCGGCCACCAAAUAGUGUUCCCCCAGGCUAUCAUCAAGUGUCAUUCAACAGCCUACCUUAUGAGCAUGAGCUAGGCCAUGACGGUGCUGAAAAGCGCCAUGCUCCCAGUGACGAAUGGAAAUAUCGAGUAUGGGCUGGAGGCUACAUGGAGUUUCAGAUUCCCAGCAUAUGGACUGCCCGGCCGAAAUUCGUCGCUGUCAAGGAGAGAAUUACAGACACUCGACUCGUUGGCGACCUUACCAGUGAGAACGCGAAAGUAUUUGUCACGUUAACAAGGACACUCUUUCCCGCCAUGGUAGAUGCCCGGGGGAAACCUGUGCGUAGAAGACUGGGAGGUCUCCGCGCCACGAAUCGAAGGGACAACAUCGUGCUUAAAGAGGAGAAAUACCUCUGCUUCAUGCGGGAAAUCCCAGAGAGUCUAAAAUCGACCGCUCCACCGCGUAUACUCAAGCCCCCCUCUAACCCGGUAUACUCGCAAAGUAUGAUCCCUUCACCAACACUACUCUUCAGAUUCAGCGCCCUGUCUAGAAACGCCCAUGCCAUACAUCUCGAUGCAGACUACACCCGACAGGUUUACGGUCUUCCAAAACUCAUUGUACAUGGCCCCUUGACUUCUGUCCUCAUGUUGGAUAUCCUCGGCGAAGCUCUCGCUCUUCACACGGUUGGGAAAUCGUACACCUUGGCCAUUCGGACAUUUCAGUACAAAAAUCUCCUUCCGCUUUUUGUGAACGAACAGAUCACGAUCGCCUGCAAGAAGGUGCAUGACAUUCAACCACAGGGGACAAAAUUUAGGACUGCAUUCGGAGCGACUUGGGAGAAAUGGGAAGUCUGGAUUCAGAAAGGCGCAGGAGGAGAUGCCACGACAGCCGUUCGAGGGUCAGCCUGGGUUUCGCCAAUAGCGCAUCCUAGUUCAGAGGCGGCUGCCAAAGUUGCCGCUGAGGCGCCAGCUCCGUCGAACGAGGAUUCCCAGGAUCAAUACCUAAUUGACGAGGAAGAAGAGCAGGCUGCCAGCGGUGCCUCGGAGGGAUGA